GACUGUGACAAGGGUGACGAGAGCUGGUCCUUUCGUCACGGGUGUAGAGCGAACACUGUCCAGCCAUCGUCCGACUCUCCUCUCCCCAUCUUCCAUAAAAUGCUCUUCAGACUCCCUGCGAGUUCUCUGAAGAGCGUACGUGCUCUCAAAGAUGUUGCCGUACAUCCGACGCGUAUCGUAGCACGACAAACGACCGUUCGGUUUGCGUCCUCGAGCUCUGCGUCAUCUUCUGCAAAGUCCGUGCUUGAUUCCCGUGCAGCGCUGGCCUCUGCUGCUAUUGCAACUGUUGGCUCUAUCGCAUGGUAUACCCACCUUUACGGCAGCCUUCCUUUCAUUGGUGAAGUGCACGCCAGCUCCCCUGCCGAAGAAGGCUUGCAUCCUCAACACUACCCCUGGUCCCACUCAGGCUUGUUUGACUCUUUCGAUCACGCCAGCAUCCGCCGUGGCUACCAGGUCUACCGUGAAGUUUGUGCUGCAUGUCAUUCCUUGGACCGCAUCGCUUGGCGUAAUCUUGUUGGUGUUUCCCAUACCGCUGAUGAAACCAAGGCUUUGGCUGAAGAAGUCGAGUACGAAGAUGGUCCUAAUGACCAGGGCGAGAUGUUCCAGCGUCCGGGAAAGCUCUCUGACUACAUGCCUGCACCUUAUCCCAACGAAGAGGCUGCCCGUGCCAGCAACGCUGGUGCAUUGCCCCCAGACCUGAGCUUGAUUGUGAAGGCCCGACACGGUGGACCAGAUUACAUUUUUGCUCUCCUUACAGGUUAUCGGGAACCUCCUGCUGGAUUUGAGAUUCGUGAUGGCAUGAAUUAUAACCCUUACUUCCCCGGUAAUGCUAUCUCCAUGGCUCGUGUCUUGUUCGAUGGAAUGGUCGAGUACGAAGAUGGUACCCCUGCUACUACUUCCCAGAUGGCGAAGGACGUUGUCACCUUCCUCAACUGGGCUGCCGAGCCUGAACACGAUGAGCGCAAGAAGGCCGGUAUCAAGGCCGUCAUUCUUUUCUCCGCUUUGACUGUUAUCAGUCUUUAUGUGAAGCGUUUCAAGUGGUCUCUCAUCAAAAGCAGGAAGAUUUUCUAUAACCCACCAUCGGACAAGGCUCACUAGAACCACUGAAGUACACUGUGAUGUGACAUAGUGCUAAUGCUGCUGGCGGACUCUCACAGAUGAUUGCAGUGUAGAACCUGUAGAUUAUUACUUAUGUCCUAAUCUGAGGUGCACUUUUCUCUAUUGCAGGGCAUCUUGAUCUCUGGUGAUAAUGAAUUCAAAUAUAUAGCCCUGUGUAUUGGCUACUUUUGUUUGAAUUUUUAUCACAUGAUGAAUCAGGCUUCUAAACCAGCCUCUCAUAUCUCAAGGGGGAACUUAUUCACUUGAACAUAAGAAAAUGUCUAUAGUAUUCUGUAUUAGCCUAUAUCAUUUGCUCCUUUUAUAUCUAUUUUAAUGCCCUACC